AUGAAUGACCGGUACCACAAGGCGGCCCGGGACGGGUACCUGGACCUGCUGAAGGAGGCGACGCGGAAGGAUCUCAACGCGCCGGAUGAGGAUGGCAUGACCCCGACCCUGUGGGCUGCCUUCCACGGCAACCUGGAGGCCCUGCGGCUCAUCGUGGCGAGGGGAGGAAACCCCGACAAGUGUGACAUGUGGGGGAACACGCCGCUCCACCUGGCCGCCGCCAACGGUCACCACAACUGCCUCUUCUUCCUGGUGUCUUUCGGUGCCAACAUAUGGUGCCUGGACAACGACUACCACACGCCGUUGGACAUGGCCGCCACGAAGAAUCACAUGGACUGCGUCCGCUACCUGGAUUCCAUCGCGGCCAAACAGACGGGCCUCAACCCCAAGCUGGUCGGCAAGCUGAAGGAUCGGGCGUUCCGUGAGGCCGAGCGGCGGAUCAAAGAGUGCAUGAAGAUGCAGAAGAAACACCAGAAACGCAUGGAGAGGAAGUUCCACCGGGAGACCUCGGAGGCGUCGGCAUCUGACGUCAUGAGUUUUUCCAGUUACAACAGCAGCUCUAUUAGCCAAAAGCUGUACAACUACAAUGCUGCUACCGUCAGUGUGCCAUAUUCACAGGCUACUCUCCAUGCCACAAAUCGAGGGAAGACAAAGAUCCAGAAGAAGCUGGAUAAGAGGAAACAAGGAGACGGGACCUUUAAAAUCUAUGAGGACGGACGAAAGAGUGUGCGCUCCCUCUCUGGACUCCAGCUGGGCAACGAUGUCAUGUUUGUCAAACAGGGGACGUACGCAAACACAAAGGACCGCGGCCGCCGCAACGUCCGCGACAUGUUCCCCAGAGACAACGACGAUGCCAUUUCACGUGCCAUGAGCGAGCCGGAUCUCCACAGGCAGGACGUGGACUUUUCUGAGAUCAGCACCGACUCGGGACAUGAUUCCCUGUUCAACCGGCCCGGUCUGGGCACCAUGGUCUUCAGGAGGAACUAUGUGAGUGGGGGGCUGUUUGACCUUAGUGGUCGGGAUGAGGCCAGUGCGGACCAGUCGGGCAGCAACGUGCGAUUACGCAGUCGCCUGCAGCCAUACCCGAGUCAAGAUGAAGACAGCAUCGGCAGCGCACGCAGCCUUCAGGAGAGGAACGCUGAGGAGCUGCCCUGGGACGAGGUGGAGUUAGGGCUGGACGACGAUGACGAGCCCGAGACGAGUACUCUGGAAGUCUUCCUGGCUGCACAGAGCAUGGGCGAGUUUCACUCCAUCUUCAAGAGGGAGAAGAUUGAUCUGGAAGCGCUGCUGCUGUGCUCUGACCGCGACCUCAAGAGUAUCCACAUCCCCUUAGGUCCGAGGAAAAAGAUCCUAGAUGCCUGUGAGAGACGGCUGGAGACCAUAGAGGAGCCGGACGGCAUCGAGGAUACACAGCUGUGA